AUGACGCCAGCGGAAGUUCAUAAACUACAUAACAGCAGACAGCUGUGUGCGAAAAUUAUUGAUAAUGACGAGAAGCUUCCGGUCUGUGGCCACGGCGUAGAACACGUUUCCGGCGAUGUGUCCUUCCAUUGGUCGACCUGUCGUCGUUGGUGGCACUGUUUGCCCUGUCAUGAGACCGAUCGCUGUCCCCAUAUGCCACGUCGACGGAACAACACACCGUGUCAUGCGGUCGGUCAAUCACUAGUUCGGACAAAGACCAUCGUAGACCGUCGGCCGUCGCAGCUGUUACCACAGCGUUUGUCGCCACAUGGUUCGCACCUGCGCGACGCCCCACCGUUUGACAAGAUCUCUAACAAAGCACCUUGUGGCGGCUGUACCUUCCGCCUGAAAGCUUCCAGUGCCUGGACUCGUUUCGAGAAGAAAUCGUGGAAUUGCUUAGACGAAAUGUCAAUAUUUGCGGUGGCCGGCAAACAGUGGUCAUCGGUUUGUUUGGGACCUGGAUCGGAAGCGCCGGCUGAAAAGACAGCUGCGUCCAUCGCAACGGCGAAGAGGCGAAGAGACGAAGAACACAGAGACGUCGUAGACGCGUUUGCGUCUGUAACUGGGGGAAGAAGAGCCGGAAUUACACGGAUCGCUCCAGUUCCAGCGACGGCAGUGCUGCAGCAGCUAUCGCACGCCACAGCUCCUCGGACAACCGGUAAUUGCGACGUUAGGCUCUUCGCCGUUGCCAGUGGUUAA